AUGCAUAGUAGUUUGCACCUUGACAUUGACACUACCAGAACAUCUGUACUGUCACUAAAAAACAACGCACUGCCCUUGGAGGGGAAAAUUCAUCACCACCACCACCACAAAAAGAAGGAGCACCACCACCCUGCCAUAUCGGUCGCCAAUGCGACCAAACGAUGUGACUGGGUCGUACAAACCUUUACCGCCAAGUACUUUUGGGUCCCCGAAGAGGAACGCCGCCGCCACUUCGCCCUUGCGACCGUCGACCCCAACGUUUUUUAUCGUGCCACGGCCAAUAUCUUUUGGGUGGACUACGUCCUGAAUGGAUGGGGGGAUCGAAUUCAGUUGGAAACGAUUGGGAUCCAUGCGCUCCAGUACGAUGGAACAACGCCCCUGCAACCCAAGUCUCUUUGGACGUGGGUGACGGGAGAUCAGCACUUGUCCAAUUUUGGGGCGUGGAAGAACCGCCACGGAGACGUGGUCUUUGGAGUGAAUGACUUUGAUGAAGCUGCCAUUUAUGACUUUGGAGUCGAUGUGCUCCGCAUUGCCGUCUCGGUUUGCUCUCAUGCUCAUACCAAUGGGCUCUCACACGCCCAAGUCAACGAAGUACUACGGGCAUUCACAGAUACCUAUGUCCAAACAGUCAUCAACUAUGUCGGCAGCGAUCGAGAGCUCACAUUUGAGUUGACACCCGAAACAUCUUCCGGGAGCUUGAAGGCGUAUCUCACUGACGUUCGAGAUGACAGGUCCAGUGAACGACAGCUCGAAAAGUUCACCGAUGUCGACGAGCAUGGGAAUCGACAUUUUAUACGAAAUGAUAAUACUCGUCUGGUCAAAGUCAGUUCCGACAUGGAAGCCAAAAUUCGUCAAGCAUUUACAGUGCAUCGAUACGGAGCCACAUUGAUGAAAAUGGGAUGGCAGGUAAAGGGUUGGACUGACGAGUACUUCCAAGUUCUAGACAUUGCCGCUCGUGUUGGUUCCGGUGUUGGAAGCUACGGAGUCGAUCGAUACUACUUACUUCUAAAGGGAACGGAUAACAGCCUGGAAAAUUGGGUCGACGGGAACGCGGUGAUCCUCGACGUCAAGUACGAACCUCCGGGCGCCGUGACACAAGUUUUAACACCCGAAGAUACAUCUUGGUACAAGAUAUUGUUUCAGAAUGACGCUCAAAGAGCAAUUGAGGCACAGCGUCGUCUGACAUCGUAUACAGACCCAUUUACUGGAUGGGUAGUCAUCGAUGAUAAACCUUUUACUGUUCGACAAAGAUCUCCCUGGAAGAACGCACUUGACUUGAACAAGCUCUCGGAUUUGGAUAGCUUCAUUGAUUUCAUGGAACAAGUAGCCGUCUCUACAGCAACAUCUCACGUGCGGGGUACUGUUUCAAAGUCUCCUGGUCAGUUUAAGCAUGAGAUCGCCUCGGCUCUCGGGCACUAUCGCGAUCGCGUUGCGUGGGGACGAGCUGUCCAGCAAGUCGCCACAGACUAUCGUGAGCAAGUACUGCUGGACUUUCAGUGCUUUAGGCAGUAUGUCGACAAGCUCUAUCCGUCGAUGCAUCUACAGCCCAGUAUUGUUCAAGAUAGCUCAGACUGA